AGACUCGGAGCUCUGCCUAAACUAUAAACUCCAAACUUUCUUUCCAUUCUUUUCAUUUAAAACCGGCGGACUCCUUUUAUUUUUACGCCUUUUACGCACAGACUUUUACGCACGGACUUUUACGCGCGGAUGUUUUUUGGGCAUCACCUGUGGAUUUGUCAGUUUCUCAUCCACGUUUUUAUCUGGACAUUUUCUUCUGAGCUGCUAAACAACAAAACACUCCGUGCAUAAGGUCUCUUUGUGAUGACCUCACUGCUGCUCCCCUGCUCCACCAUGAAGGACCUAAGCUCGCCUCCUCUCUCCUCCUCUCCUCUCUCCUCCUCUCCUCUCUCCUCCCUCCUCCACUUCCAGACCUCCGCCAAAGCUCCGCCCUCCUCCGUCGCCUUCGGCCCGUCGCCCGGACAGACGGCCCCGGGAUCCCACCUCAAACCCCCGGCCUUCUCCCUCCAAAACGGGCCCCACCUCAUCGCCAGCAUGCACCUCCAGAAACUCAACUCGCACUACCAGAACCUCCACCACCAGACCCCGGCGCCGCACAGAGGCUUCCCCCCGACGCAGCUCUCCUCGGCGGGGCAAAACCUGGGACCCGGCGCGCCCGUGGGAGCCGCCGUCAACCACAACCAGGGGGCGCUGGAUUCAGACGUGGUAGACGAGGAGGUGCUCAUGUCCCUGGUCGUGGAGUUGGGGUUGGAUCGGAAUAACGAACUUCCAGAACUUUGGCUCGGGCAGAACGAGUUUGAUUUCAUUUCUGACGUUCCGGCCGGAUGCUGAGAGGAACUAAAGACAGAAACAACUUCUAGGGAACGUUCUGAUCGGAAUUACGAGCUUCCAGUUGUGUCCUGAAAUGGUUUUGGGAGCUGUGGAGACGUCGGACAUGACAGAUGAUUGGGUUCUUCUCAUCUGGACCGAACUUCACGUGGAGUUCUUGAACGUAUCGUAUGGAGGACGCUGAUUGUGAUUAACCCUUUUCUAUAUAAAAAUCACUAUUUCAUAAGUUACCGUAUAUAGUCAACUUGUGAUUUUUGUGUUGCAUUUUGGCACGUUUCCAAGGCGAUGGAUAAAGUUACACCAUAUUUGAACUCUAUAGAAAGUUACGAUCAUAUAUAAGAUUUUGUUAAUAUAUUUGGCUUUUAUAGUUUCAUAGUUGACUCCUUAAAUACUUGGCAUUUCGUCCAGGGGCAGGACUAAUUAGCUUUACACGUCAAUCAUCCGUCCAUUUUCUUCUGUUUAUCUGGGGCUGGGUCAGAAGGUCAGAGGGUCAGAGGUCUAAGCAGGGAUUCCCAGGCUUCCCUCACCCCAGACACUUCCUCCAGCUCCUCCAGUGGGACCUCAACGAGUUCCCAGGUCAACCAAGAGACAUAGUUCCUACUUAGGACACGCUGGAGGGAGUAGCUUACGCAUUUCUGGGACUCCCUAAACCCUCAGCAUUUCGUCUGGAGGCAGGGCUUAGCGUAACACGUUAAUCAGAGCUAGCUAACUGGUGCAUGCUGCGUUUUCCGUAGAGAAUGAGUUUGUUUCAUAACCAGCAGAUGGAAUUACGGCUAAGACUAAUGUUCAGAGACAUCAGCAGUAUCAUUUGGGAUCUGUUAAAUCAAAAAUAAAGAUUACAGAUCAUUUUUUUCCAAGAUCCAGUUAGCAAAACCUGACGCUAACCCUGACGCUAACCCUGACGAUAACCCUAACCUUCACCUGAUUGUGAGAAGUCAACAUUAGCAAACAUAACCGCUAAGACAAAGUGACUGUGACUGUGUUUGGGUAAAAAUGGUGCAUAAACGGAAAAACUGAAUGUGUUUUUUGUGUAAUUUUAGCUCUAAAUUCGCUUUGUCUUGUCAAAAAAAGACUGGCAACACAGGAGAAUAGCACAACACUGUUUAAAAGUGGGUUACUAUGGUUACCCCGGACGAAAUGCCAAGUUUUUAGGGACUCUCGUGCGUUCCCAGCUAGGUUUAAAUUUGACUUCCUGGUUGGAGAUCAUGACAUCACACUUGGGAAUUCCAUAACUGUUACCUAGCAACACACACAUGGGGCCAGAACUCGUCUAAUAUACAAAAAAAUUAUGAUUUGACAAAUAAAAAAAUAAGAGAACACUACGCACGAUUUUGUUGAAAUAAUGUUUAACGUACCAGAAAAAAAUUAGCGUAACUUUGGGCUAGAAUUCUCCCUCGUGUGAUGUCAUUUCAUGUUCUUAAACUCUACUUCCUGUAAUUUCCAACAUAUUUUUCUUCACAAACUGCUUCCUGAUUGGUGUAAAACUAUAAUUUGUAUUUACGACGAGUAUUUUCCCACGAGAUUUAAGUCAAAAUGAUCAUAAAAACUUGUGAUACGCACUUUACACAUCGUUCAUUCCUGUCUCAGUCGCAGCUGCCUCGGGGCUGACCAACAGAAAUGUGGCUGCCGAUCUGCGCCAGCAUCGAUACGGGGUUAAGUGUGUUGCUCAAUGACACAAAGAGAACACGCAAUUUAACGUUUGCAGAGGUAACAAAGAUCGAACUACCAACUUUUCUGCUUCAUAUUAAGACUUAAACUGUUAACUGUAGUUGGUUUUGGAUAAGAUUUGUAUUGGUUAAAGCUGCACUAUGUAACUUUCCCGGUGGAUGGCUCUGUUGCUUGUAUCCAUGGCGAUGUUGCAGCUUUCCCUGGAGUCUUUCUAAGUGAACCUCACUCCACAGAUCUGACCUGUAACUGAUGUUCUUGUGCCGUCGCCCGCUCAUCUCCCUAUAACUAGACCCGUUUUUACGCCAUAACGCGAAACAAAAAAAACGACGACAUCUCCGUGGAAACAAGCAGCCGGCGGAGCCUCUACCGGGGAAAGCUACGCAGCGCGGCUUUAAUGGCGCCGUACCUGAUGUAAAAACGCGGAAAUACAACAGCGGUAGUUCAUUUUAAACAGUUUGCGGUGCUCCAAAGUUCCUCCUCGCUCACCUUUGGCACUGAAAACAUCCUGAUUAUUCACAGUGAUGAGUUUAUAAGCACUUUCCCCAACUCUCAGAGGACAAAUGUCACGCUAACACGCACUUCCUGAUUACCUGGCAAUAAAAAAGCGUUAUAAUUAGGCACAGACAGGACACAGCGGACUUAUUUUGACCUCGAGAGCUGUUUAUAGAGUAUAUCUGCACCGGGGCGAGUCGUUUAGCUCAAAAACAUGGGAUAAAUCAGGUGCAGAGCCUUUAAACGUUCAAAUAGGUCACUUUCUCUUUGGGCUGCGUUAUCCGAGCUCCUCUGAUGUGAGACAAGGCCCGACUCUGUUUGAGAAACUUGAGCGUUCAGAUCUGCGGAGGCUAAAAACCAGGACGGGGGGCUUAUGUAACUCGACGGGAGAUUCACGGUUUUUGAAAGAAAUCUCCAAAGUUCUGAUCCACAAAUGUCGAGUCUUAACUUUAUUUGUUUGGGAUCGACGCCGCAAACUUGUCAUAUUAAUCUUAUGGUUUAAAGUUGUUGGAAAUGGCGACAAUCACGUCU